GUCGUCUAGAAUGAUGUUUUGAACUCAAUGGCUGAUGACUGGUUCUGAACUCAGCAGACUUUGUAUAACGGACUUCUUCCUCUUCUUCCAAGAGUGGUUCUCCAAACAGCACAGGUAGUUGAUGCUGCUUGGGCUGUUUUGUGGAUGAACAUCUAGUUGAUGAUAAGAAUGUAAUCAAUUGUUGGAGGAUGCUGUUUUCGAGGUUCGGAUUGGAGUAUAGUUUUUGUUUGUGACUGGCAUAAAAUCCAGUUUGAGAAUUUAGUCCAUUUUCUUGGAAAGGUUAAGAACGGAAGAUGGUGAUUUGAUAAUGUUGGAAUAUAGAAGUGAAGUUUUGAUUGGUCUCUUCUAAUAAUCAGAAUUGUGAUAGUUUGGGAUGGACAUAGCACAGAUUGGAAAAUCAAGCGAGCUUUCAACCUGGUCCUGCAACUGUUAUAAGACCACGGGCUUGACUGAACCAAUUUUGGAGUUGACCCAAGUCUCAAAUUUGAAAGACCGAUAUGUUCUUGGAGAGCAAUUGGGGUGUGGGCAGUUUGGUGUCAUUAGAGCUUGCUCUGAUAAGUUGACCGGUGAGAUGUUGGCUUGCAAAUCCAUCGCCAAGGAGAGAUUGACGACAAGUGAUGAUGUGUGCAGUGUCAAGCUUGAGAUUGAAAUAAUGACGAGGUUAUCUGGGCACCCAAAUGUUGUAGAUCUCAAGGCAGUUUAUGAGGAAGAGGAUUAUGUGCAUUUAGUGAUGGAGUUAUGUGCAGGUGGAGAGCUUUUUCACAGGCUUGAGAAGCAGGGGAUGUUCUCUGAGUGUGAGGCUAGGGAUAUUUUUAGGCAUCUGAUGCAAGUUGUUAUGUAUUGUCAUGACAAAGGUGUUGUUCACCGAGAUUUGAAGCCGGAAAACAUCCUCUUGGCCACAAAGUCUUCAUCCUCGCCGAUUAAAUUGGCAGACUUUGGUCUUGCAACCUAUAUCAAACCUGGGCAGAGUUUGCAUGGGACUGUAGGGAGUCCAUUUUAUAUAGCUCCUGAGGUACUGGCUGGGGGUUAUAAUCAGGCUGCUGAUGUGUGGAGUACCGGGGUUAUCCUGUACAUACUCCUUAGCGGCAUGCCACCAUUUUGGGGGAAAACCAAGUCAAGGAUAUUUGAUGCUGUUAGGGCAGCAGAUCUGUGGUUCCCUCCUAAUCCAUGGGAUUAUAUAUCUGCAUCUGCCAAGGAGUUAAUCACUGGAAUGCUGUGUGUAGAUCCUUCCAAGAGGCUCACUGCUGCACAGGUUCUCGCUCACUCCUGGAUGAAGGAUUUUGUGGAGUCAAGUCAAGAACCAUACAAGCGUAAGGAUCCAAGAUCUGGGCAACUGGAACUGGGUGGCAGCUCUUUCUCUACUCCUUUGAUUGCCAGGAAUCAGGACUAUAGCUUCAGUUAUGAAUCACCCAUAACUAGUGAUGGCCAAAUGGGAACUUCACCUGCAUUUACAUGCAGAUCAUCAUUUUCUACUUUCCUGGUUGACAACAAUGCACCUUGCUCAGUAUCUGGAGGUUUUUCUUUUAGCAGCUGCUGUGAAUCAGCUGCACGAGAAUUCCCAUCUCCAGUUCCCUCACUGCCAAGCUUUACCUUCUUCAGUCCAAGUUCUGAAAUUGAUAGAGGAAAUCACCUGCCAGCGUAUGAAGCCAACUUGUCAACCUUGGAUGACACAAGUGGAGAAUCAAGGUUGUCCAAGGCACUUGUGUUUCCAGAUUCCCCGCUUCCUGUAAGGCAUGACAUAGGAGAAACAGAACAUAGGACAGAAAUCCGGAGGGGAGGGACAAGUGGGUACAAGGCUUCAGUCAUCCACAGCAAAAGGAAUCACACUAUUGGACUGGGUGAGCAAGAUCAGCUUGACCUCAUCGUGACCGAAUCAGUUAUCCGCUGGGCAUCAUGCACACAUAUCCAGGGUGCGCCAUCUCUUAGGUCCUCACUUGUCUGCUAAAGAUCAUUACACAGUGGGUGCUACAAUUACAAUACACUCAUACACAAGGGGAAGGGGAAGGGGAAGAUAAAUUAAAAUUAUGGCUACAAACAGGAAUGAGGGAAUGGGACUCACUUGAGAACUUGAUGAAGAUAUUGAUCAAUCUGAGGAGCUGAACUCUGGGGCACAGGGCCUAUCUAUCUGACUUGUAGUUCAUGUAGUGAGAUAAUCAAAAGAGUAAUGAUGCUUUUUUUCUCAGUGAGUACUUUGGAAUUCAGUUUGUUGACUCCAUAAAUCUUUAUGACCUAACUGGAAAUAUCAAACAUUGUUUGCAACAACAAUAUUAAUUGGGGAAGGAAGAGUUAUUCCAUUCAUGUGCA